CGGUGGCCGCCCGGACUCCCGGAAGCCGAGGCCUGGCUGAGCGGAAGCCGUUGCGACCCCGCCAACAGGCCGGGUGUUAAUUCAGCUAGAAAAAGGGGGCGGGAAGGGCUGCGGGGCACCUGUCAGCUCGCCACCAUGAACGUGGUUUUCGCUGUUAAGCAGUAUGUCUCCAAAAUGAUAGAGGACAGCGGGCCCGGGAUGAAAGUGCUUCUCAUGGACAGAGAGACGACUGGCAUAGUGAGUAUGGUAUACACACAAUCGGAGAUUCUUCAGAAGGAAGUGUACCUUUUUGAACGCAUUGAUUCUCAAAAUCGAGAGAUCAUGAAACACCUGAAGGCAAUUUGUUUUCUUCGGCCUACGAAGGAGAAUGUGGAUUAUCUAAUUCAGGAGCUUCGAAGACCUAAAUACAGUAUAUAUUUUAUUUAUUUCAGUAAUGUGAUCAGCAAGAGUGAUGUGAAGUCAUUAGCUGAAGCUGAUGAACAGGAAGUUGUGGCUGAGGUUCAGGAAUUUUAUGGUGAUUACAUUGCUGUGAAUCCACAUUUGUUUUCCCUCAAUAUUUUGGGUUGCUGUCAGGGUCGAAAUUGGGAUCCAGCUCAACUAUCCAGAACAACUCAAGGACUGACAGCUCUUCUUUUAUCUCUGAAGAAGUGUCCCAUGAUUCGUUAUCAGCUUUCAUCAGAGGCAGCAAAGAGACUGGCAGAAUGUGUAAAGCAAGUAAUAACUAAAGAAUAUGAGCUGUUUGAGUUCCGGCGGACAGAGGUUCCUCCAUUGCUACUUAUUUUAGAUCGCUGCGAUGACGCCAUCACUCCAUUGCUCAACCAGUGGACAUAUCAGGCCAUGGUUCAUGAACUACUAGGCAUAAACAACAAUCGGAUUGAUCUUUCCAGAGUGCCGGGGAUUAGUAAAGACUUAAGAGAGGUGGUUCUGUCUGCUGAAAAUGAUGAAUUCUAUGCUAAUAAUAUGUACCUGAACUUUGCAGAGAUUGGCAGCAAUAUAAAAAAUCUCAUGGAAGACUUCCAGAAGAAGAAACCAAAAGAACAGCAAAAACUAGAAUCAAUAGCAGACAUGAAGGCCUUUGUUGAGAAUUAUCCACAGUUCAAAAAGAUGUCUGGGACUGUAUCAAAGCAUGUGACAGUGGUUGGAGAACUGUCUCGGUUGGUCAGUGAGCGGAAUCUGCUGGAGGUUUCAGAGGUUGAGCAAGAACUGGCCUGUCAAAAUGACCAUUCUAGUGCUCUUCAGAAUGUAAAGAGACUCCUACAGAACCCCAAAGUGACAGAGUUUGAUGCUGCUCGCCUGGUGAUGCUCUAUGCUCUACACUAUGAGCGGCACAGCAGCAACAGCCUGCCAGGACUAAUAGUGGACCUCAGGAAUAAAGGUGUUUCUGAGAAGUAUCGAAAGCUCGUGUCAGCAGUUGUUGAAUAUGGUGGUAAACGGGUUAGAGGAAGUGACCUUUUUAGCCCCAAAGAUGCUGUGGCUAUUACCAAACAGUUCCUCAAAGGAUUGAAGGGAGUAGAAAAUGUAUAUACUCAGCAUCAGCCUUUCCUACAUGAGACCCUGGACCAUCUCAUCAAAGGAAAGCUUAAGGAAAACCUCUAUCCUUAUCUAGGCCCCAGCACACUCAGAGACAGACCUCAAGAUAUCAUUGUAUUUGUAAUUGGAGGAGCCACCUAUGAGGAGGCUCUAACAGUUUAUAACCUGAACCGGACCACUCCUGGAGUGAGGAUUGUCCUGGGAGGAACCACGGUGCACAACACAAAAAGCUUCCUAGAGGAAAUUCUGGCUUCUGGACUGCACAGCCGGAGCAAGGAGAGCUCUCAAGUCCUUUCCAGGCCAGCAAGCAGGAGAUGAGAUGAUGAUGGAGAACGUGGAGAACGGCACAGCUUCCCCCUGGCCCCCCACAGCCUCCCACUGACCCGAGGGCUGGGAGAGGGUCUUGUGCUCUUGUUAGAAUUCAUCUCCUGGUACCUGUGGUUCCUGAACUGCUAGCACAGACACCAAGACUCCCAGAGAUGCGCUCGCUGAGAAUAAGUCCGAACCCUUCCCAACCUACUUUUCUUGUGGUUUCUUUAUCGAGUAAAUGUAUUCCUUGUGUAUUUGAUAGUACAAUCACUUCAGUUUAUGAUGGAUUUUGUUGGGAUCUUACUUGGGAAAAGAGUUAUCAGAGCCCAGGGGGUUUAAAAGUAAUCAUGUAUGUACAUGCCACCUUCCUCGAUUUCCUCUCUUCCCUUGACCCUUUGUUUCUUUCUGUUAACCACAUGCCUGCACAACUCAGUUCUGAGAACUUACCAUGUUUCUUUAGAGAGCCAUCCAAAAAUUGUUUGUCCCUACCCUGGAACUUUCUGUGGCACUGAGAAACCAUGUAUGACCACAAUAAAAAAAGCAUUUUGUGAAA